UCGGCGCGGGCCCGCGAGAUGCCGGUGUCGGCGGCCCGAGCGGCUGCAGCUGCAGCGGCGGGGGAGGUGGCGGCAGCGGCGGCGGCGGGGCCCGGGAGGGGGCUGGCGUGGGGGGCCGGCGCGUAGCCGGGACUAUGGAGGGGCAGAGCGGUCGCUGCAAGAUCGUGGUGGUGGGAGACGCAGAGUGCGGCAAGACGGCGCUGCUGCAGGUGUUCGCCAAGGACGCCUACCCCGGGAGUUAUGUCCCCACCGUGUUUGAGAACUACACCGCGAGCUUUGAGAUCGACAAGCGUCGCAUUGAGCUCAACAUGUGGGACACUUCAGGUUCCUCUUACUAUGAUAAUGUCCGGCCUCUGGCCUACCCUGAUUCUGACGCUGUGCUCAUCUGCUUCGACAUUAGCCGACCAGAAACACUGGACAGUGUCCUCAAGAAGUGGCAAGGGGAGACUCAGGAGUUUUGCCCCAAUGCCAAGGUUGUGCUGGUUGGCUGUAAGCUGGACAUGCGGACUGACCUGGCCACUCUGAGGGAGCUGUCCAAGCAGAGACUUAUCCCUGUGACACAUGAGCAGGGCUCUGUGCUGGCCAAGCAGGUGGGGGCCGUGUCCUACGUUGAAUGCUCCUCUCGGUCUUCUGAGCGCAGUGUCAGGGAUGUUUUCCACGUGGCGACAGUGGCCUCCCUUGGCCGUGGUCAUAGGCAGCUGCGCCGUACUGACUCACGUCGGGGACUGCAGCGAUCUGCUCAGUUGUCAGGACGGCCAGACCGGGGGAAUGAGGGAGAGAUACACAAGGAUCGAGCCAAGAGCUGCAACCUCAUGUGAGGGGCCAGGGUGGGGGAGAACAUGCGGAGGGGUGGUGAGGGGCACAGUUGUGCUCCUGCCUGCACCUUGGGCUUUCUGAUACUGGCUGGGAGGUCAGAGCAAGUAAUUCUCCUGGGCAGGGGUGCUGGAGGGUAGAAGGGUGUCACCAUCCCCCACAUCCUCAUCCCCAUCCUCUCCAGUGGAAGUUGAGGGAACUAACAGAGCAGGCAUGCGGGGAAUGAACUGGGAUGGGGCAGGUGGGGGUUAGGGAAGCUGGCAUCAAACAGUGACCUUGGUUAAAUCUCCUCCCCCGCCCCCCCCCCCCCGGCCCCUAGUCCUCAUAUGCUGGUCCUGGAUUCCUUCACUAAGGAAAGUGUCCAUUCUGUGAUCUUCUCUCUUCCUUUCCUCUCACCUCUACAGCUGUUCUCACACAUCCUAACCUCCAUGCAACAUGCACUAAAGUAAAAAUGAGAUGCCUGUCCCCUCAUCAACCCACCAGCCCUAGCUCCUCCCCUUCCCCAGUAGUCCCCAAUAAAGCCCACGUCCAUGGAAAACGGCUGUGGCUUUAGUUUUGUUGCUUUUAAAAAAAAACCAAUCUACCAAUCUCUAGCAGCAGAAGGGAAAGUUAGACAUCAGAGGGAACUUUCCUGUCCAUGUCUACAGGUGGAGGAGAGGAAAAAGCCAUGGGUUGGAUCAGAAGUGUCCUUUUAGGAGCCAGAGGGGGGAGAUUGAGAUGUUUUGGGACUGUUCAUCCCAGUUAAUGAGGUGGACAAUCCUCCGGCCAUUUGGGGGUUCUAGAGUGGACUGAUGUGCAAUUUCCCAGCAUUACUCAACCCGGGGUUCCUGCUCACCAUUUCCUCCCCUGGCCUGGAGCCUGCUGCUGCCCUGGAGAUUGUGGAGGAUAGGGAGGGCAUUGAAAGCCUCCACAACACAAAAGCUGACCCUCUGCAGGGCAAAGUUUCCCAAGGGGUUAGCAGUUUGAUUCUGGGGUCCCCAGAGGCAGGGGCUCUCUCCCUCCUUCCAUCCUGAGCUCCGUGGUGAUUUUCAGGGAGCAUCGCUGUGAGUUUAGGGUCACCCCUACCCAUCCCUUAGAGAAGGAAAGUUGGUGGAGGGGAGGGCCAGAAGGCUUGUUGUCAGGAAGGACAGUGCUGGUCUGUUUUCUCGGGAGUCGGAUUUCAGAUUGUCCUGUAUUCCCUCCCUGGCUCUGGUCCCACUGGCCUCUUUUCGGUGACAUUCUCCCCCAGGAACCAUCCCUGGCUCUCCCCUCCCCCAGCCCCAGCCAGUUCUCCCAGACACACUCUAGGAGAGACCUCGCUGUCCUGUCUACUGGGAUCCCACCCUAAUUUACAGCCCAUCCCUCCCUCAUUCAUGCAGCAAAUAGGUACUGAGCACCAAGUGUGCACUGCACACCUGCUUGGGAACAUGCAAGGACCAGUGUCUGAGCUUCUGGGGGCCAACCCAGUGGGGAAGAGAGGUACCCUAGGCAUGAGGGUGCCUGGGCUGAAGGAUGUUUGCACACGUAGAGGGUGUUGUGGGAGCUCCUUGCAGCGUGGGAAGCCAGUCCUCUGAGUCAGCUCUUGAGGGUCGAAGAGGAGUUUGCCAGGCAGAGAAAGGGUAGGAAAGGCAGUCUGGGCAGAGGGCACAGCAUGUGGACGGGCGUGGAGAUGAGAAGGAGCAUGGCACUGUGGGGGCUCCUGUGGCAAGGAGCAGACAGGGCUGGGAGGGAACACCGAGGCUGCUGCAGGGCCCACGCAGGAACCAGGACUUCACUCUGAGGAGUGAGGAGCCACCAAGGAUUUCAAGCAGAGAGUGAAAUGAUCAGAUUUGUUUUUGGAUAGAUGGUUAUCUGUUUUAGGUAUGGGGGGGACUGAGGGAUUUGACCCUGAGAUGUGCCAUUUAGAAUAGCUUCUCCUUUCCCCAUGCCAGGCCUCAGGUCUUGAGAGGAAGGGAAAUGCCAAGCCUUCCCUGGCACGCGUGCACACACACACACACUUGCACGCAGGACUCCUGUCCUGGUCUGUCUCAGCCAAUCUCAAGGACUCUAGGAUAACUUCAAGGGCACUUGAAACUAUCUAAGUGCCCUUGGAUAGCCACCCCCUCAAACCGAGACCUGGUUAGGGACUGACUCUGACACUGUCCUCAAGGACCCUGGUCCUGGGCAUGAGGUGCAGGAGAGGGCUGGGGGUCCCAGGCCCAGCCAGGUGGAUGUCAUCUGUCUCGGAGGAUUGACCCUUCCCUCACAGGGACCUGCCAUAAAAAUUGACUUGGGAUUUUUGGCCGAGUGGCUUGUCUUUUCCACUUUGGACUUGUCUAUACAAAGCAGGCUCAAGCCUGCAGCCACCAAAGUGUGGAGUGUUUGUGGCCCUUUCUUCUCCUAGCCUCCCUCUCCUGCCAUGUGUGCUCAGGGAAUGCAAACGAAUUUCAAUAUCUGCGGAAAGCAAACUUAAUUAUGAAGAUAAAUCAGCUGGAGGAACCCCCAAAGUUUAGUACAUUUCCAGUACCACUGGGAACAGAUUUUGGUCCCCUCUGCAGAUCUGGGCUGCCCUGCGUUUUAUUUCCAGGGGAGGAGGCUGUGCCUCUGGGCUGAGGAGCUCCGUGGGUGGGAGGAGGGAAUGAGGCAGAUCCUCAAAGGCCCCUGCAGGCUGGAAGGAGGGGACUUACUCCUGCCCCCACCCCAGAUGCAGGAGUCAGACCCAGCUUCCUCCUCUGCAGCUGUUUCCCCCACAAAUUAGACACUCGUUUGGGAAACAAUGUAGCCUCGUUAAUCAUUUAAUGAAAUAAACAACUGAUCACGCUGUGA